ACCUGGCCUUCGUGUUUUUAUGCUUGGUGCUUGUGUUUGAUGUUUAUCAUCGCGAACAUUGAAAUGAAAAUUGAAAAUUGAAAAUGUGUAAAAUUAAAUGAAAAUGAAAAGAAAUUAAUAAAACUCGGUUUCAUAGUGCAGAAAUGCAGUAAGUGAAUUCCCGGAGAUAACUACUCGUUUAAUCAAGAUAAUGGCUUACUCAUUAAACGUAAACGUAUCGGUGGAAACACCUUCGGAAAGCAUUAUCCAAGAAAUCACCUACGAUGGCCAAGAAAUCUAUCAACCCCCUCUGUCUAUGUCGGAGAAUCUCAUCAGGCUAGCCCAGAAGAUAGAUUUUUCCAAACCAUUUCCCGAAGAAGUGGCAUCGGAUUCUAACGAAGCUGAAAAAGCCGACGAAGUGGUCACCGAAACUGCACUCGCCAGUACAUCUUCUAAUUUACCAUGGGAAGGAAUCGCUAGUAAAAUAAGAAAUGCGGCGACCGAAGUUAGCGUGUUGAUCGAUGUGUUGAACGUUGCACGUGAAAAACACUACAUGGUUUUCGAUCCUGUACAACAAGAUGCCGUCGAAGUUAAACCUAUGGCUGUGAUAUACGCUAGGAAAAAGGGCUUGGCUCAAGCAGCUGCUAUGUUAACUUCGGCAGCCGAACGUUUGAAAGCCAGUCAAAGCGAGACGAGUCGUACCAGCAGCACGGCCGACUUUCAUUUCCAAUUAUUAAAAUUAAGGCAAAACUGGAGACUGAAAAAAGUAUCGAAUUCCAUUAUCGGCGAUCUCAGUUAUCGAACAGCCGGUUCGAAGUUCCCUCAGACUGGUAUGUUCGAAGUGACCAAAGCUGACGAUGAACCUACUCCUUCGACUAGUAAUUCUGGUUCGCCUCCUCCAUCGCCCAGCGUUACUACACCGGCCCAGCAGUCUGCUCUCAGAGUAACUAUUCCGACCGAGUUGCAAGGUGUAGCAUAUAUUAUGGUGUUGUGUAGGAAAGACGAUGAAAAACUAUUCAACACGAAUAUCAACCUAUUGAGUAACCCGGUAGCUCCGUCGAAUCCAGAUAUGCACUGGCAACAGAAGCUGGAAGCUGCUCAAAACGUGCUAUUUUGCAAAGAAUUAUUUAACCAACUGGCCAAAGAAGCUGUCCAAUUGCAAGCUCCCAUACCUCAUAUGGUGAUCGGUAAUCAGAUUACUGCUACGGUGCUGCCUGGUAUCCAGUUGAUAAUCGGCUUAUGCCAUAGUUCGACCGGUGAAAAGAAACCGUCGAAUAAUAAUAAAGUGCCUCCGAAGUCGAAUCACGAUCACGUUCUGGAGCAUUCGCUGCAUCAGUUGUUACGCGAGGUGCAUCAUAAAAAUACCCAUCAUCCGUUCCCGCAUCCGAGCUCGGGGCCUUUGGGACCGAGUAAGAAGCGUUAUUUGGCCGGACCGAAUGCCGCUGAUCGUUACGAAUUGCUUUCGAUGACCAAAAAUCCUAUGCUAUUGGAGCAGAUUAUCGAACAAGCUCAACAUUAUUUCAUGCGAAUCAGAGCCGAACAAGUGCUGGACACUAUUGCCAAACAAAUUAAAGACCCGAUGAUAAUAUCGCAUUGGAAUUCGUUCAACACGCCUACUCAAUCUUGUGUCAGAGUGAAUAUCAUUUCGCAAGGAUUCGAUUUCCAAUGUAGGACCUCGCUCAUGGUACAAGUGCUGCAGAAAUCGUUCAAGUGUAUUUGCAAAGAUGGAAAAGUCAUGAAUUUAUCGUACGAGCCGCAAGAAUUACGAGAUCUGAUUUUAUGCCAGAUUCAUCAUCAUCAAAUGAUCGGUGUGCAAAAUCUUGCCAAAAGUAUGGGUUGGCAGUUGCUGACAAGUACGCCUCAUUUGGGUAUUGGAAACGUCGAACCACUGGGCAACGCUAGCUCGUGUAUUUUGGCUUCACCUUUGGGAGAUAGAUUGAUCGCGAUCAGAUGCGAACCACAAGGCAAAGUACACGUCAGCAUAGCACAUUCGCCUCGAAAGGAUUUCUUCAGCGGGCAGCUUGUUAAAGAAAGAAAAUGGGAAAACCUAGGAGGACCGUUUAAGGAAGUUCGUUGGGAUAAAAUGGAAGGCAAGAAUUUCCUAAAUAAAAUGGAAUUGUUGAUGGCCAGCUUGACCAGCAGUUCGUAAAUUUCGUGAAGAAUUCGCUUAUUAUUUGUGUACAAUCGUGUAGUCGAUAAUUUGGUCACUUUUGUGCGGUUUAAUUUGUUUGGGACAUUUGUACGAUUAAGUAUCAGAAUAUUGUAAUAAUUUCUUGAUCUGUAAAUAAUCGUCUUCCAAGACGUUUGAAUUUUGUAAAUAAUUAUGUAUUCUUAGGUAAUUGUUUUUUAAAAAAUUGUUGAUUUUGAUGUUUUUUUUUUGUCAAAUUUUUUCUUACUUACUUUUUUUCGUCGAAUAAAUAAUUUCAUCAUUUGUU